CUCUCCGUCAUGAAACAAACCUCUAUAUCUAUUGCAGUACCUUUAUAUGACAUUUCUCCUUUUGGCCAUCCCAUGAUAAACCAUCAAUAUUAGCGUGCAAUAUUUGAUCACUGUCCUGCCUCCCCAAACGGGCCAAUGGGUUCUCUCCCCUCACUGCCGAGACCGGCAACACCGCCACCAUUGACAGGAUUGGACGUCUCCAGCUACAGGGUUUAUGCCUCGUUCUGCAUGAGGGAGCCAACAUCGGAUGCCAGCAUCUCUAACUGGAUAGAAUGCUAUGAUCCAUGUGGCAACACAUGGACUCAAGUCACCUCGAUUCCUGGCAUAAUCGAUCAACACGUCCUGAAGGGCUUCGCCAUGGUCUCAGUUGGGGAUUGGCUUUAUGUAAUUGGCGGGCAGCUGUGCCGGAAGGAGAUGGCUCAUGUCUCUGACGAACUAGCUGACUUGGUUGAUGUCAAGGGAGAAGUACUAUCAUCUGUCUGGUGUUACAAUGUCCGGACGGACCACUGGUCGAAAUGCGCAGCACUGAGGAUGCCACGGUCCGACUUCGCGUGUACAGUUUGUGACGGUAAGAUCUAUGUUGCUGGGGGCCAGUCCCCUCAAUGUAGUGCCAGGGGAAUUUCCAGCACGGAGGUGUACGAUCCCGCCCUGGAUGAAUGGACCUCUCUACCUAACAUGAACACAGUUAGGUACAAAUGUGUGGGGGUCACUUGGCAGGGAAAAAUUCACGUGGUCGGGGGAUUCGCGGAGAGGCUGGACUCCGACAGAGCAUUACCUUUCAUGGUGGAGCGGAGCUCGGCGGAGGUGUACGACCCAAGGACCGGGAGAUGGGAACUGAUGGCAAAGAUGUGGCAGUUAGACGUGCCACCAAACCAAAUUGUCCCGGUGGAAGGGAGGUUGUUCAGCUCUGGUGAUUGCCUCAAGGCGUGGAAGGGACAUAUCGAGGCCUACGACGAUAAGCUGAACAUAUGGAACGUAGUGCGAGGGUCCCAUCUAAGGACUCUGUCGCUCCCAAUAGCCAGCACAUCCAAUGGUCAUGACAGUGAGAAUUCACCACAAGUCCAACAACUAUACCUAACUAUGGCGCAUAUUAGGACUCAUUUGUAUUUCUUGGCGGGUUACCGGACCCAAGAAUCUCCCAAAACAGUUUCAAUGGUUCACGUGUUCGACACAUCAGCAACCAGCAACGGGUGGAAGAGUUUUGAGCCGAUAUUAGAGGACGUCGAGAAGGAGUUAUGCAGUCAUUGUUGUGUGGUUCAACUCUUGUGA